AUGAGCUCUGGUCAACAUGGUCGCUCACAAUUUGGACUAGGACUUGAAGAAGUUGCGACCUCAGACCGUCUGAGCUUCGAUGCAUUAGCGCGGCGCAUUCUUGAUGCUGCCCUUCCAAAGUCACGAUUCCAACCACAUGAUAGCAAUCAAUACCCGGCGCCACCCAUUACACAAUCCCCUGCGCAGGCUCGGUCGACGACCCUCGGGGUUUCCAUGUCACCCCACCCGUACACUGCUGGUCCGGGCAGUUCUCUCGCCAAACCCCCUGCCCCCCAUAGGCCCCCAGGCCGUUUGGAGUUUAAAGAAAGUCCUUUCUUUACCAUCCUGGAGGCAUUGACUCCUGUGGUGGAAUGCAAAAUUCGCGAACAAACCCGGGAUAGCGUGGAACUCAAGGUCAUGCUAUCUCAGCGAACUGCUCAAAAGUUGCAGAUGGAUACCAACGCCCGAGUCAUGGUAUAUUGUGCCGCAGAUUCAGGCCUCACCCAGUACACCAAGUCGGAUAUCGCAUUUCCACACCAGGUGGAGCUUAAGGCGAAUCUUGAUGAAGUGAAAGCCAAUCUGAGAGGCUUGAAAAACAGACCAGGCACUACGCAACCUGCAGAUGUUACCAAUUACAUUCGGAAGAAGCCCGAUUAUCCGAACAAUAUUGUCAUGACUUAUGCGUUGACGCAAAAGGUCGGAACCAUUAUGUCGCUACUCGUCUGGUGGAGCAAAUUCUUCGCGCUUGCCAACCUCGUCAAACAACAUCCGAUUGAGGAUCUCGUUUCGCAGUUGAAGACACGAAAGCUCAUUUCAAAGGAGCAGGUUAUACGUGAAAUGAAAAACCGCGCACAUGACUCUGAUAUCGUCGCCACAUCGAGUGUCAUGUCACUGAAGUGCCCACUAUCAACCCUUCGCAUCCAGGUUCCUUGUCGUUCUAUCGUAUGCACUCACAAUCAGUGCUUUGAUGCAUCAUCUUUUCUAGAAUUACAAAAGCAAGCACCAACUUGGACCUGUCCUGUGUGUUCCAAAGCAACUAGCUUCGAGUCUCUGCAAGUCGAUCAGUACGUUGAUGACAUCCUUCAAACAACUUCAUCAAAUAUCGAUCAAGUCACCGUUGAACCGGACGGUGCGUGGUCGGGUCCUUGUGACUCGGACACAGUCAAGCUGGGCGGCAUGACGCCAGCAUCAGAUGAUGACGAAGAUGACUUGAUUGAAAUCAGUGAACCAGGUGUUCCUUCUGUAAAACAGGAGCCGGGACCUGCAAACUUUGCUCUACAAAGGACACCUGCACAGUCAAGAGAGGCGUCAACCCCGUCCUCCGUUGCGCGUAUGUCGAGCAAAAAGAGACCUGCCUCCAUGGUCAUUGAUCUCACAGAAAGUGGCGACGAGGAUGAUGAGUUCCCUGUUCCAUCUCCUAAACGGCUUGCCCCGAGUCUGCCGUCUCGAUCCUUUCCCCGACAAGAUUACCAUCUACCAUCGGCCAGCAGCCCCCUGAAUGGCAGUUCCUAUCCUCCAUCAAUUUAG